AUGGUUUUCUGGUUUGAAAGAGGUCAGGAAGACACCUUUAGCCUGGAAGUGGAUGACAUUGCACCCCUGAAAAAGCUUCGCGUCCGCAUCGACGGCACUGGAAGUCGUCCUGAUUGGUUCCUUGACAAGAUGAUCCUGAGAAACCUGAGCACGGACGAGCUGUACGUCUUCACAUACGAGCAGUGGCUCUCCAAAACUAAAGGGCCCAAGAGGACGAAGGUGUGUGAGCUUCCAGCAGUGGUGGACGAUGAGGAGAUGGUGGAGAAAACCACAUACGUCAUCCAGGUCAAAACCAGUGACGUCACCGGCGGUGGUACAGACGCCAAUGUGUUUCUGAUCGUGUUUGGAGAAAACGGUGACACGGGAACGCUGGCCCUGCGGGAGUGCAGCAACAGGAACAAGUUUGAGCGCAAGCAGACGGAUAUUUUCCGGUUCAUUGACAUUCUCAGUCUGGGAGAACUCUCCAAAGUUCGAGUGUGGCACGACAACAAAGGUCCGGCUCCUGGAUGGCAUCUGGACUCUAUAGAUGUGAAAGAUGAACUUCUGGAUCAAACUUUCCGCUUCCCGUGUGACCGCUGGCUGGCCAAAAAUGAAGACGACGGUCAGAUCAUGAGGGAACUGGCCUGUGCCAAUAAUGAUAUCCUGGAUCUCAGUGACAAGACCAAAUAUGAAAUUGAGGUGACAACAGCCAUCUCUGAAGAUGCGGAGACAAAGGAGAACGCCUGGAUCCUGCUGGAGGGAAGAAAAGGACGCUCAAAAGAGUUCAUGAUGGAAAACCCAAAGAAGAAGAAGUUUUUACGCGGUGCCACGGAUUCCUUUCAGUUUUCCUCUAAAAAUGUGGGCGAGAUCGUCGGCAUUUGUCUGGGCCACAUAUCCAAAGAGAAGAAGGUGAAGAAUGAGUAUUUCUGGCACGUGCAGGAGGUGGUGGUCACUGAGACAGAGCUGGGAAACAAAUUCUACUUCACAUGUGACUCCCGAAUCCCUCUGUCUGCCAAAAAAGACCAGUUCAUGACAUUCGAGUGCACCAAAACCGUGGAGAGCUUCGCCAGCAAAGUCCGCAGUUUGGUUCCUGUGAAGUAUGAAGUAAUAAUAAUAACCGGAGACGUGCAGGACGCCGGCACAAACGCCAACGUCUUCAUCACGCUGUACGGCGUCAAUGGGGACUCUGGGAAACGAGCGCUGAAGCAGAAAUUCAGAAAUCUGUUUGAGCGAGGCCGGACGGACCGGUUCCUGCUGGAGAUGCUGGAUUUGGGUGAACUUUUGAGGGUCAGAAUGGAGCAUGAUAACACAACCAUGUCGCCCGGAUGGUUUCUGGAGUGUGUGGAGGUCACAAACACUGCCAACUGGGUGACCACCAUCUUUGUCUGCGGGAAGUGGCUGGACAAAAACAGAGCCGACGGACAAACUUAUCGAGUGCUCUAUCCUAAAUAUUAAAGGUUUUUUGAAUUUUAGCAUUUAUUAUUCAGUAACGUGACCUGUGCAGAGACCUAGCAGGCAAAAAAAAUGAGUUGUAAUGGCCACUACACUGGGAUAACAACAGAAACGCAGGUCAUAUUUCUAAGGCUUUGUCUGAAAUCGAAUGCUCUCCGACUAUAUAGUACGUCUGCGUGACCACUAUCUUUUUCUGUGGGAAGUAGCUGGACAAAAACAGAGCUGAAAGACAAACUUAUCUUAACUAUUAAGGGCUUUGAAGCAAUUAUUUCAAUUUUCAACUUUAUUCAAUUGAUAGUUUUUAGUCGUGUGACUUGUGUGGAAACCUGGCAGGCAACAAUGAGCCGUAAUGGCUGCUUCACUGCGAUUGCCAUCAAAACACCGGACAAACGGGUCAUAUUUCCAAGGCUUUGAAAUCACAUACUUCCCUACUAUAUAGUACGUCUGGGUGAGCAUUAUCUUUGCUUGUGGGAAGUAGCUGGACAAAAACUUAUCAAAUGCGCUAUCCUAAAUAUUAAAAGUGUUUUAUAAUGUGCAUUUUUUAUUCAAUUGAUAGUUUUCAGCCAUGCGACCUGUGCGAAGACCUGGCGGGGAAAGAACUAUGAGCUAAAAUGGCUGCUAGACUGGGAUUGCAGAACAAACUGGACAUAUAUCCAAGGCUGCAAAUGAAAUUGAAUACUUCCCUACUAUAUAUUAUGUCUGCUUGACGACCAUCUUUACGUGCGGGAAGUUGUUGGACAAAAUCAGAGCCAACAGACAAAAACAAUGAGCCGUAAUGGCCGCUACACUAAGAUCGCCAUAGAAAAUGCAGCACAAAACGUUCAUAUUCAAGGCUGCAUCUGAAAUUCUGUACUUCCUUACUGUAUGAUACAUCUGGGUGACCAUUAUCUACACUGUGGGAAAUGGCUGGACAGAAACAUCUGAUGCACAAAAAAACUAUGAGCCGUAAUGGCUUCUACGCUAGCAUAGACAUAAAAACGUAGGGCAUAUUUUCAAGGGUGCGUCUGAAAUCGCAUACUUCCCUACUAUAUAGUACAUCUUGGUGACCACCAUAUCCACUGUGGAAAUGACUGGACAAAAACAGAACUGAUGGACAAACUUAUCGAGUGCUCUAUCCUAAAGUGUUUUAAAAU